GCUCCAUCGGCCGUGCAGCAGCCGAGCAGCUCAGCCGCUACUCUCUGCCUUCGGCCAUCAGUUUCAGCUUCAGAACACAUCUUUUUAUCCUGUUCUGUUGCUUCCAACAUUCACAGCAGCCAUGGACACCAAAGUGCAGACGAUGCUUUUGAUGGCGUUGGCAACCCUUCUCAUAUUAGUGCUUGCUGUGAAUGCCGCGGACCAUUUGGAUACAUAUGCAAAUGCUGUAUCUAGGCCAGCGAGUCCGAGAGGAAGGUUCCUUUUGAACGUGACUCCUCGAACAAACACUUGCAAAUACAACAAAUCAAUUUGCCGCCAGACAGGCUCAGCUGGUCCUGACUGCUGCGAUGAGGUGUGUGUUGACAAAAGCACUGAUUUCAACAACUGUGGGUCAUGUGGCCAUGACUGUCACUUUGGGAAAACCUGUUGCGAUGGUGACUGUGUGGAUCUUCAGAAAGAUGAGGACAACUGUGGAAGGUGCGGACUGGUGUGCCCCAGGAGAAUCUCGACUCACAACCUCCAUGGACGAUGUGAGAAUGGGCUCUGUGAUUACAACUGAUCAGUGCACGAGUCAUCCUAGUGUUCAUCAUACUAGGAUGAAAGUUUUGUUUCAAGCCCAAUGAUUUUGUAUCUGUUCAGACUUCGGUCCUAGCUGAAAGCAAGCAAAAAAAAUGUAUUCUUGUUACGUACACUUAACGUUCGUAAUGAGACGUGAUUCAAUGAAAACAAUUUCAGAGUUUUUUUAGAAGACAUAUCCUCUUCUCGAAUCUACGCUGUAGUUAGGAAUUAGUAGAUAUUCCAAAACAUACGUUCAAUAAGUUUAAACUAUGAGCUUAGAUACACGCGACCCACCACUACAGCUUAGUCAGGACCAGUGAUGCGAGAAACUACAAUCUCCAUGUGGCUCUAUAUUUCUGGACUUCACGAUUGAGAUCGUAAAUAUUCAUGUCUUGAAUAUUAAGGAUGAGGUGAAAAUCACAGUUGAAUCUUCUCGCACUGGUCUGGCU